GCAGCUGUUUGGAGAGGAGGGCAGGAUCAGAGAGGUGGGCAGCUUUCUGCACAUGAGAGGAAUUAAUCUGAGGCUGAAACAGAAAUGUUUGUAUGAAGAGAGAGAGCAGAAGGAGGAAGAGUUAUUGUAGAAGUUGAUGACAAAGUGGCAAAAGUCAGAAAUAUAAAGGUUGACAGUAGACUUGACAGCAGUUGGGACUCUAGAGAAAAAACUGUGGCCUUCAGCUUUGACUAUUGCUACUGGUCAGUUGAUCCUGAGGAUCCAAAGUAUGCAUCUCAGGAAAUGGUGUUCCAGGACCUUGGCACUUCUGUGUUGUCCGGUGCUUUUAGAGGAUACAACAUCUGCCUCUUGGCAUAUGGACAGACAGGUUCAGGAAAAACUUACACAAUGAUGGGAACACCUGCAUCCAUUGGGCUGACACCUCGUAUAUGUGAGGGCCUCUUUUCUAGGAAGGAUGAUUACUCAGACCAGAUGGCAUCAUGCAGGGUAAAGGUCAGUUUUCUUGAAAUCUAUAAUGAGCGUGUCCGAGACUUGUUAAAGCAGUCAGACCAAAAGAAGCCUUACACCCUUCGAGUUCGAGAGCACCCUGAAACAGGACCGUAUGUCCAAGGUUUGACUCAGCAUUUAGUUACAGACUACAAGCAAGUCGUAAAACUUCUAGAAGAAGGAAUAGCUAAAAGAAUCACAGCAGCUACACAUAUUCACAAUGCCAGCAGCAGAUCCCAUGCUAUCUUCACCAUCCACUACACUCAGGCUAUAUUGGAGAACAAUCUUCCCUCUGAAAUUGCAAGCAAGAUCAACUUAGUGGAUCUUGCAGGCAGCGAAAGAGCUGAUCCCAGUUACUGUAAAGAUAGAAUUACCGAAGGUGCCAAUAUUAACAAGUCAUUAGUUACACUUGGAAUUGUCAUAUCUACUUUAGCACAAAAUUCCCAGGUGUUCAGCAGCUGCCAGAGCAUUAACACCCUGACCAGUGAAGGGGAGAGCAGCCGUGUGGAGAGCCCUCCCUCGGGCGGCAGACGGCCGGCUUACAUCCCCUACCGCGACUCCAUCCUCACCUGGCUGCUGAAGGACAGCCUGGGCGGCAACUCCAAGACCAUUAUGAUUGCCACUAUCUCACCUGCCAGCUCCAGCUACAACGAGACCAUGAGUACCUUGAGAUAUGCUGCAAAUGCCAAAAAUAUUAUUAACAAGCCCAGAGUAAAUGAGGAUGCAAAUGUGAAACUGAUCAGAGAACUGAGAGAAGAAAUUGAUAGGUUGAAAACUAUGCUGAUGAGCUUUGAACUGAGAAAUUCCAGUCCCUCUUGGAGUGAUGACAAGGAUGGCAAUCUGACAGAGCUGGUCCUUCAGAAUGAAAUGAAGAUUGAGCAAUUGACCAAAGACUGGACAAAUAAGUGGACAGACAGAAAAGCCAUCAUGGAAGAAUACAGUGUGGACAUCAACAAAGAAAAAGCUGGAGUAACAAUAGAUUCUAAUUUACCUCAUCUAAUGGCCAUGGAUGAUGAUAUUCUCAGCACAGGAGUGGUGCUAUACCAUCUCAGGGAAGGAACAACCAAAAUCGGAAGAAGUGACUCAGACCAAGAUCAAGACAUUGUUUUGCAGGGGCAGUGGAUUGAAAGGAACCACUGUCUGAUAGAGAACCAGGGCGGCAUCGUGACGCUGCGGCCGGGCCCCGGCGCGCGCUGCUCCGUCAACGGCUGCGAGGUGGCCGGCUCCUGCCGUCUGUCACAAGGGGCCCUUGUUGUCCUUGGCAAAUCUCAUAAGUUUAGAUUCAAUCACCCAGCAGAAGCUGCUAUCUUAAGACUAAGAAGAUCAAUUAAUGAAACCCCACCCACUAUGAGUUAUGGAGCUUUGGACUGGCUCAAUUUGGAUGGAAGUUGCAUCAAUUCUCCACACUAUAUCCUUUCUUCUUUCUACAAUCAAAAAUGUAGAAACUGUGAAGAAAACAAAUGUUCUCUUGAACCAAGCGGAGAAAUAGAUGCUGUGCAUGAAGAGUAUAAGCAGAAACUGAGAGACCAGGAAGCUUUCCACAGAAAACAAAUUCAACGACAGCAGCUCUAUGUUGAGGAUUUAAAGCAGCAGAUUCUGAGAGGACAGAUCAAAGCAGAGCGGGAACUAGAAAAUGACCAAGCACUCAUCAACCAGCAAAUCCAAGAACACCAGCAGUGGCUUAUAAAUGAGAAUAAACGUCUGGCUGCCCUUCAGCAGCAGCAGCAGAGGGAGUUUGCAGUGCAAACAGAGCCAGCGCUGUGUGCAGAGGCUGAGGUGCAGAGCACCACUGGGCUGGAAACCUGCCUUUCCCUGCUGCAGCAGAACAAGAAGAGACUGGUGCAGCUGGAGCUCUUGCAAAGGUACUCCUUAAAAAAGGCCGAAAGAAACAUAAGGCGGAAGAAGGUCAAGUUCCGGCUGGAAAGGAUAGUCAAGAAGCAGAAGCUGUUGGAAGCCAAGCAAAACCUGGAGCAGCUGGAAGCUAGCUGCUGGCUCAGUGAAGAGUGUGUGAAACAAUCCCGAGGCCUAAGUGAUAAUAUUGCUGUACAGUGCUCUUUGGAUCACCACUUGCAAAAGAGACAGAAAGUGCUGGGUUUGAGGCACAGGCAUUUGUUCUGUGACUCGUACCUGCCCCAGGCACCCAGCUGUUUUUCAAAGAGGGAGUCUGUCUCCAAGAUAUCUACCUCACCAAAUAUUGAUCAAUACUGUAAAGGUAGUAGAACAGAGAGGUUGUCACCUGUAGAAUACCUUUACGAAAGUGAUAAAGACAUUUCUGGGAGUGAUGACCUUAAUGAUGGAAAGGGGAUCUCCUUUUCAGUCCAGAGGCAGCUAACUGAAAAACAAAAAACAUCUUCAAUUGAAAAUAAAAAAGGAGGAGAGAAGUACUCUAAUGAUUCAGCUAUCAUGGCUUAUAUCAAUAAAAAUUAUAAAAAAAUGGAAAAGUUGGAUGACAGUCCAGGGCAAGCUGGAUCUCAAAACCAGACCUCUAAACGUUCCUCUCCUGAUCUUUUUAAGGAGAAAGAUGAGCCUAAAACCUUUAUUACAGGGAGAAGAAUGACAAAAUCAAAGGUGCUAGGAGAUUUAAGUCAGCCUGCCAGCAGCAAUGUAGCACAAAAUAAACCUCAGGUAUCCAAUAAAAAGAUUAGAAUGGAUAUCAAUGGAAAAGGCCAUAGGACUUCUCCAGAAAACUUUCCUAAACAAAUGAAGAAAACAGUGUAUGGAAACCCACCAUCAGUGCAUCUAAACCAAACAGUCAAGAACUGCAGGAGAGAGGCAAAUUCAGCCUUGCCAAGUCAUGAGAAAUCAUCAGCAGAAGAGAAAGAAUUUCUGAUGGCAGCGACAUCAGUAGGAAAUCUCACUAAGAUGAACUCACAGACACCACUCUCUCAUGUUGAAAAAAAGUGGCACAGUGCUGAGAUGCUAAGUGCUGGAGUGCCCAAGACAGCCACAGAUAUGCUGGAGAACUGGCAAGAGGAUGAUGAAAAUGAGAUUUCUGAUACUGACAGUUCCUAUUCUGUCGAUUCACUCUCCUGUGCUUAUGCAAAAGCUGUUCCAGAGAAACUGAAACUGGAAGAUUUUGACAGAAAUAAAUGUCUUGCCAACCCAGAAGAUUCUGAGAGUGAUGACAGUCAAAUGUCACAAGACUCUCUGAUAGAAAAGGAAAAUAAAGCCAAAAAGCAAAAUACAAGCCAAUUUCACAAGUCAAAGGCCCAUCAUGAGCCAGCUAAGCUUUACAAAAGCAGAACUGAGAACCAUAUUUCAUCUUUGGUGACAUCAUAUGCAUCUCGUAGGAGACUGGGAAAGGCGGAAAGAAGCUUUUCUCUGGAUAGCUUAGCUGAUGGAGAAGAGAUGCCAGCAGAAGAUCUGGUAGAAGAAUCCAAAUCUGACUCAUCUGAUGAAAUGCCAGCAGAGAUUUUCUGGAAGUUACAAACUCCUAAAUUACCAGCUAUACAGAUUGAGGAAAACCAUGAAUCCAAGACCUGCAACAGAGAUACAGAAGGGGCAAAUUAUGAUCAGAAGCUGAGCAGUUCCUUUUAUUUGAACACCAAGCCACACACUGCUUCCAGUAAUGCUUGCAAACAGUUGCUGAAGGGAACAAAAGUCUCCUUUGUAGAGCAAGAAAGGUCUCCUGAAAGAAGACUGUAUUAUGCAAGUGGUAAUCCUUUGCUUAAUAAUGAUGCCUGGUCUUCCUGUGACUCAAAGGUUGACAUCAGCAGCCCCAGAAUAACAGCAUCUUCUUCCCAUGAAAACUUGGAAUUUCAAGAUGCUCAUCUGUGCUCUUCGAGCAAACCAGAACUUUGGCUAAAGAAAGAUGAUCUAAAGCAGUCAGCUGCUGAGGUUUCUUUUGUGUGUGGCUCUAAGCAGAUUCACAGCAUUACUCACAGUCCACAUCAUGUAAUCCAAAUAAAUUCAGUUUUCUCCUCUGAUGCAUUGGAAGUACCUUUACCUGAAACAACAACUGCAAGCAGGACUCCUGAGAGUGGAUCAUUAAAUAAGAUUUUAAAGGGAUGGACGAACUCUAAUGAAAAUUCCUCCUUGGAAUCUGCAAAUAUAAAGUUCUCGUUUGCUAGCUCAGUAGGACCAAGUUCCUCUUUUGUUCCUACUUCAGCAGAGCAUGAUUAUUCUGAACAUUCAAGGUCACACCAUCCUGAACAAGAACAACUGGGGGAAUUGUCUACUUGCAGGUCUGUUACUGAAUGUGCACAAACCUUCAGCUGUUUGGAAAGCACCUCCACUGCAGGCUGCUUGUCACUGGUAUCUAAGAAAGAGGAGAAUUCUGUCACCGUGUUGCCUGUGCAAAUUGUGGAGCAGACAAAUGGCUGUGUAGAUACAGGUUUAGAAGAUGGCUUAUUCCAAACUUUUUCAAAAGAUGAGCUUGACAAUGACUACAAUAACUUGAAGUCAGAGUCAAGUGUGGCAGAUUCAGGCAGUGGAAGCGCACAUGUCAGUGAACCUGCUGCUCAGUGUUCUAUGGGGCUUGCUCAUAAUAUGACCUCAACACAGACAUCUGCAGUAAAACACAUCCAGUUUGGAAACUGUGGGCAUCUUUUUCCAGUACAAAAAAUACCAACAUGUUGUGAUGAAGGUUUCUUCCUCAGUGACUUAACAAACAAGAGCUGCUCUCUAGUGAGCAGUUACAAGCUUGAGAUGCUGGCUGGACAAGGAGCAGAGUCAACUGAUACAGAAGAACCCCCCAGGUCUGGGGAGAGUAAUUUGGAAACCAUGCAAGAAACAGAUCAUGAGCAAAUACCUGCAGAAGUAACUGCAGAGACAGAUUUUCCCUCACAGAAGGUAACAUAUCAAUGUCACCCUUCAGUUGUUGCUGCCAGCACAAGCUAUGACCAGUCUGCAACACCAAUAGAGAUGUCUCAAAAAGAGAUAAUCUGUAUGGAAAUAAGCACAGAUAGCUUGGCAGACAUUGUGCCAGAGGUGCCAUCAUUCACAGAUCAUGAUGAAUACAUGUCAAAGGAUGAAGACUUGUCUUCACUAAAUCAUUAUGAAUUCAAACAUAAACCUGAUUCAAAGGAUUAUUCCCCUGAAUGUGCCCUAGCAGACAGUCAGGUGAGUUGCUUAUCGCAGCAAAUUUCAGAAAAUUCUGCAUUAUGCACUGAUAACAUAAGAGAAGAAAGCAGUGAAAGCAAAGAACACAAUGUACUGAAUUCUCAGGCUGUAGUUCAGAAAGAAUUUUCAUCCAAAUAUGAAAACCUAGUGGUAAAUGAAGGAAGUUAUUUCCUACUGAAUGUAAAUGGGAAAAACACCAAGUCCUUUCCUGCUGCUAUUUGUGAGAAUACAAAUUAUUUUCUCCCAGAAUCUAAUUCAAGCCUAUUUUACAAAAUUUCAAAAAAAGCUAAUCUUUUUCAAAGUGCAUGUGAGACCAAAAAUUAUGAUAAACUAUUGGAGCAUGUCACAAUCGUGAAAGGAAAUUGUGAUGCUACAUCUAAUCUUACCGUGGAAGUCGGUGUCACAAAAAGUUGUUCUGAUGUACAUUCUGGCUGCCUCUGCCCAACAUGCUCCUCAAAAUCAACAGGACAGAAAAACACUGCACACAAGACAACUGACAUUUCUGCAGAAUUUGGUGCCUCUGUUCUCUCAGAAACAGAAACACGGAACAAAUCUUUACUUGAAUCUAGAGGGGAGGAAGAAGCAUUUUUUGAAAGUGAUUGCCCAGUGGACUUUCAUGCUGAGUACAAUGCAAAUUCAGAGUUGGGAAAAGACUUUGAAUGCAACACAAAUGCAUCAGCUGCCAUUUCUCAAGAGGAGAGUUCUUGCAGAAAUAAAGAAUACAAAAUUUUCAGAGACAUAGAAAUGGAUGCAGAAGAAGCCAUGGCUCCUUAUCAGAAUACAGGGACAGCCACAGACGAGGAAAUAACAAAAUCAAUUAAUACUGCAAGCAACUUAGAAAAAAGUGCAUUGGAAAUUAAAUCCAGACACACUGAAAGUUUACCUGACAGACCAGCAGCCCAAGUCCAAAGUAUAACUGAAGACAGUAAAAAGGAUUUUAAAGACAUUGGUCUAACUCAGAACCCAAAGAAAUCUACUGAUAUCACAGCUUGUGAAGUUCACUGUGAGUUUAAUACAAAUCUGUGCCUGAGACAUGAAGAGGUGCACAAAGAUGAACUGCAGGAAGCCGUCACAGGGGCAGAACAUACUCAGGAAUCAAAAGCGCUUGUGCAUUCUGGCAGCCAACCUGAAACAAGCAGCUUUUGCCAAAAAGAAAUAAGUGAGAAAACAGAAAUAGGUAUUUAUUCAACAGAGCUUUCUGUUGCUCCCAAAACCACUCCUUCAUCUGUGUGUUCCCACACAACAGAUGUUAUUCAGAAUACUUUGGGAUUCCUUGAUACUUGCAAAGGGUUUUUACAGAUGAAUGGAACAGCAGAGAAUGUAGCUGAAACAGUACUAAUCCCAAGGAGGCAAGGAAAUAUUUCAGCAAAACCUGAAAAUGAAGGACAAAUAAAUUCUAACAAUAUAAUUGAGCAUUGUGUACCAAACUGUUUGCCCCAGGAAGACAAGGUUAAUGAAUGCGAAGUGACUGGGAGUGAAGAACAAAUGACCAUGACAAACCCUGAGGAGCUGGUUAGUAUGGGGCAAAAAGAGUUAUGCACAGAUGAAAAUGUUUACUUUAAUGAACAGUCUCCAGCUCUGCGUCAAGUGUACUGUGACAGAGGUGACACAGAAGAAAUUUUAGAUCAAUUUAAGAUCCCUGAAAGGUACCUGAUGGCUUCUGAAGUAGAAUCAAAUAUACUGUUAGGGGAUGAUUCAAGAUACCAAGACCCUACUGAAAUGAGUGAGGAUGGUGAUUCAGUGGGCUCUGCUACAGAGAUAGGAAAUGUAGUUGAUGCAUAUGAAUAUUCAGUUAAAGAUAGUGCUAAUAUUGACCAAUACAGAACUAAACAAAAAUUUACAAGUCUUGACAGACAUACAUGUAUGAGUUUCUCUGUGGGAUCUCCUGACCAUGGCACUUCAGAAAACUUGAACGACGAUAUUGUUAGAAAAAGUUUUGACAUUUGUGAAUUGGAUCAAGUAGGCUCCAGAGCUGAGGAGGAGACAGUGCAAUUGAUGAAGCUAGUAGAAAUGGCCAAAGCAGACAGAAAAAAGCAGAUACAUGUAGCAAACACAGAGGAUGUAGAUGUGAUCUUUUUACAAAACCUGGAUGAACUCUUCUCCGAAAACAAAGGCAGUUACCAAAUGACACAUGAUGACAGCAGAUUAAAUGAAAUAUUAAGAGAAAGCCAGUGGGUGUCUACCAGCUUUUCUGGAAAUAAUGAAGACAUUAGCCAGCAACAAAAUCCACCAGCAUCACAGACGUGUACAGAAAAAAACCAAGAGCUUCAAGACUCCCCAUGUCAGUCUAUAAAUCAGCAUUUAUAUCUUGGAGGAAGUGAUGAUUCCCAUCUUGUUCAAGAUGCUCCCACUGCACUGAGAGGAUGUACAAAACCAUCUAACAGCAGUCUUGGAACUGGAGCUGUUCUGCCUUACUACAAGACGUUAAUGGAGAGUGAGAUCAGUGUUGGUACAUCUGUUGCAGCCAACAAAAUGGGAGAAACAAACAAACAUCUUCCAGCUAAAACACCAAGUAAGAGUGUACCUCUUCUGCAAACCAGCACCAUGCAGCAGAGGCAGGAGGAAGAAUCCUUUGUAUUUAAAAAUGGACCUGAUUAUGCCAUAUCUGCACAACCUGUCCAUGAGAACAGCUCUUUCACUCCCUACAGUGCAGAUGGCCUUGAGUGCGGAACUGUUGUACUUCAGCAAAGGGCCAAGGGAAGCUCAUUUUUCUUGGAAAAAUUAGAUUCUUCUGAAGAUAUCAUACAGGAUAUUAAUAAUGUUUGUGAAGAACACGGUAUGAAUUUCAUGGUUAAUGAAUUAUUAAAAGACUGUCCUAAUUCCAUAGAAGAUACAGCUCAAGAGGUAAAGGAUACCAUUGUGCCUGAUUCACUAAUGUUGGAUACUUCAAAUCUGCUGUCUUCCUCAAAAGAAGAAGUGAUGGAAGAUGUAGGGGUGGGAAAAUCCCACUCUUUACUAGAAAGCUCCACCCAAAAAAUAUUUCAGAAUAUUAAUACAACUCAGAUAGUACCUCACUUGGGGGCUUCAUCAGUGCAUGAUGAGAAGACAUUUUUAAGUGCAAGGUAUCCAACAGCAAACAGUAAAUGUGAAAAUGCCGAGUUUCCCAGUGUAGUGGGUUAUCAGCACGAGCCCACAGAAAACCAGGAGCAUGAAGCUUCUGAAGAGUGCUGUGUAGACCAAUCAGGCAAUGCUGCUUCUGAGAAUUCUUCAGCCCUUUCAGAAGGCCUGAACAAAUCUCCAAAGGAACAUCCACAUUAUAGUAAAGACUUUCUAAAUUACAAUAGGAACUUGGACACUUCUGAAUGUUCUCCUGGUCUUCUAAAUUGUCCAGCACCAACUGCAGAUAGUUUAAUUGUCAGCAGUGGAGACAAAGGUAUAAAUAAUAAUGUUCUCUCUGAAGAAACAAAGUACUUUGAAAGUGAAUCAACAGAUUUGAGUGUAUCUGUAACUUUUCCUGGUGUUUCUCAAAAAGGAGACAAAAAGGAAAAUAACUCCGCAGUUGCAGAGACCAGAUAUGCUCAGAGUAAUAAACUCCCUGGAGAAGUUGUGGAGCAAAAGGAGGAAAUGGUUCAAGGUUAUUUCCAGAACUGUGGUGACAUAAAAGAAGAUAAAAUUCAUGAGUUCUCAGAACACUGCAGUAACACUAACAGGGUGACUGUACCAGAAUCGGGUCUGCUCAGUUUCCAGAGCCAAGGACAGACUGGCUGUAAUGAAUCAAAGUCUCUGCCAUCACACUCUGCAGAAGAAACUGCCCCUGAGACACCAUUUCAAAGCUCCAAGAACUUCAGGGCUUUUACCACAUCUUCUUUACUUGGGGACUCAAAAUCUCUAGUAUUUAAUCAGCUUGAGGACUCAUUUCAGGACAGCUGUUUGACUGAGAAAGUGUCCUGCAAUUCUGAAGAUAUGUGCUCUGUAAAAGGAGAUUUUCCCCUAUCAUUAGCAAGAGUCAAUUACCCAGCCUUAACAGCAUUUUCAGAAUUUCCUUCAACUGCAGAUAUAGGUCAUGAUGAAACUAGCACAUAUGAUACUUCACAUUCAAAUAUAUUGAAACAGUCUCCAUUUGGUGUUUUGCAAAUACAAGACACGCAGUCAGAUAAAGCUGUGGUAUUUGAUGAGCCAAUAUGUGCUUCGGGAAGUAUUUUACUUUCUCUUGCAAAAGAAAACAGGCAUUUUCCAGUCUCAGACAUAGACUGUACUUCAUAUGAAAAUUCUGCUAUAGAUAGGGAACCUGCAUACAGAAGUAAUAAUAAAAAACCUGACAGUGAUACAGAAAUUGAUCAGCAUUAUUGGGAUAAAGUUCCACCACAAGAAGCUUGCAACAAACACAUAGAGAAAAUACCAAGUGAUAAUUCUCUUUUACUACCAUCAUUACCUUUUUGGGAUACUAGCAGGACAAUUCUUAUUAAAGAGGGACAAAUGACAAAUACACUUAACAGAAGUAAGGAAGAGCUGCAUUCAAAUAUUGAGGCUGAACAUUUUGCAGUAAAGACAGAGCAGAGAAAAAUGUUAAGUAGAGAACCUGCUGAAAAGCAAACUAGUGUAUCCUCAAAUUCUCCAAAUGAAUUAACAGGCUCAGCAGUUACAGUGUUGGAAAAUCUGUAUCCAAGAGAUGUUCAAGUGGAUCCUGAAUACACCUGCAAUUCAUUUGGUCAAGCAUAUCCCACAUAUGGAAGCCCUGAUCCCAGGCAACCAUAUCACACUGCCUUGGGUUUUGAAAGAAACCCUGCAGAUCUGCAAGUUAACUGUCAGUAUGUGCCUGCAGGUGAACAUAUAGAACAGGUGCCAGACAGAACAAAUGCAGAUGGUAGAAAAGAGAUUUUUCUUUGCAAAAAUAAUACAUGUUCAAGCAUUGAUAGCACUGAUGCUGAGGCGAACACUUGUUCAACAAUGGGAGACACUACAAUGAGGAAUAAUACCCUGAAAUUAGAAAGACUCAAUUUUCCUGUAAAAAAUAAUGAAACAUCCUCCAUAAAGGUUUUGCCAGAAAACCAUGAUUUAACUCUUCAAGAAUCCAAAUUGGUGCAACUCAGGAGCAAAAGAUCAUAUUCUACCACACGGAGUACAAAGGGCUGUAAACAGAGUGAACUGAGACCUUAUUUACGAAGUCACAGAGUAUCAGCUCCAGCUAUUGCUGUUUUCUCUGACACAGAAUGUACUUUGGAAGCUUCAUCUAAGGCAGAUUCUUUGUUGUAUUCUGCAUCUAAAUCACUGCAAGAUUUGAAUAUGAGUGUAGAGCCUCCGUCACCAACUGAAGAUGAUCUUUAUGGAAUUGAAAGAUUUUCAAAGCAGGAAUCGAAGAACUUAUUGCAAGUUAAAUCUAAACCAAGAUUUCAGCCAAAAAUGGCGCAAAUGAAAAAGCUUGCAAACUGUGAUCCCAAAAGCUUACAAAAUUUAACAGCAAGAAGCCAAAGUAGCCAGUCUUUGAAAGAUUGUACUAGUCAAUCUCCAUCAUCCUUACUGCCCACAGCUCGCAGUUCUGUGUGUGCAGAAGCAAAUGUCCAUUCAAAGAGCAAUUCUGUAGCUCAAUGUAGUGAAGGGGAAGGAGAAGAAGCUGGAUACCAGCCAGAAACUGAUUUAUUUUUGCAAGAUAAUAAAGAUGCAAUGCAUUUUAGAUCAAGUGAUAUCAACCCAUACAUUCACCCAUGGCAACAAGAUGGAGCCUGCAAGAUUGGCUGGAAACAGUAUGCUUUUGGAAGUGCAAGUGAUGUCUCUUGCAAUCAAAUUCCUUUGAAUAUGGAAAAUCGUAAAGUUAUGAGAUGUUCCAGUGUAGACAAUGGAUUGAACUCUCAAAAUUCUCCUUUUCGUUCUCAUCUAAGUUCAUAUGCUACAGCAAAAGUUUUGUCAAGCACUUUGAGUAGCAUUGAAGGUCUUCAAGAAUGGGACAGUGUCAGACAAGACUUUAAAUCAGCGUACUCAAGUGACAGUACCAAACAGUACAGCAACAUAUCCAGCGAAACACUGGAGACUAACUCAGAAAACAACACUGCUGAACUUGAGAAUCCUUCCACACUACCUGGUAACUCUUCAAUGCAGGUUGAUGAAAUUGUACUAUUGUAUCCUUCAGAGUCUGAAAAACCUUCCAAUAAACCUCCAGGGAUUACAUGUGAGCAAGGAACACAAACUGCAACUACAGGAAGGUAUAAAAGGCAGAGAAGACAUCAGAGAAGCUAUACAGAUGUUUCUGCAAAAAAGGAGGAAACAAACAGAGAUUUAUUUUAUCAACCUUCUUCUUGGACAAGCAUGCAAAACCUGUCCAUGCAUCUGUCACAGCUACUUCAGAACACUUCUGAGUUGUUGGGAAACCUUUCCCAACAGAGUAUUAUAGACAGUGAGCAGAAUGCCAAAAUCAGCCAAAAAAGAACUGAAGGUGCUGUUAGGUCUGAUAGCUGUACUCAGACUACAGCAGAUGUCAGCACUCAGACUGAGAUUUUGGAAAAACCUCAAAGCAAACAUGAAGAAAAACAAGUGGAGGCAAAAAUGGGAAAGGAAUUGAGGGCAGCUCAGGCAGUAAAUGUUGAUAGGAAAAAAAUUGGUGCAGAUGUAGUAGGAGAGAUUCCCAAAAGGAAAGAGGAAACACUCACUCUUGAAGAAAGUACACAAGAACAAACAGGAAUGAAACGCCUGGGCAAUUCUGACUUCCAUGACAGUCUUGACAGCAUUUUGGAAGACUCCUUUAUGCAUCUGCCUUCUUUACCCAAAACUUCCACCCCUAUCUUACAUUUUCAAAAAACAUCACUAAAGGCACAGCAGAAUGUUGCUUUUGCUAGCACCAGAGUUUCACCUCUCACACCAUCUUUGCCAAGUUCAGGGCAAGAUGGUUCUUCAUGCACUGUAGUUAGCAGCCCUACUAAUAGCACCUCUCAAUCUCCAACGUCUUGCACUCAGGAUAAAAGAAGUGUCAAUGAAACAGAGACUCCAGCUGAAAGAAAAUUUUGGUACAAAAAUACCCUGCUAGUCGACAGGGCCUCUUCCCCUAUUCUUACUCUUAGUGCUAGUCCCAGCAGCCAGACUGCUUUUAGCAAGUCUGUCUGCCCUACUAAAGAACCUCUUGGAUAUUCCAGUGUUGCUUCAAGUCCCCUUCACACCAAGAGAAAGCUGAGGGCAGGUCCACAGUUCAGCAUGCAACAUCAUGUGGACAAUUUUUCACAGACAGAAACAGACAGUGAAUCAAGCAUCUCUAGAGAACACAAGAGCAUAAGAAAGAAAUCUGGAACUUUCUCUGAUAAGAAAGCAGGCAAAGACCUUUUAGGGCAGGAUGGUUCAAAAGACUUGGAACAGCAACAUAGGCUGAGGGUUGACACCCACACUACCAUUUGUGCAGAGCGGCUGUAUCACUCCAGCAGUAUGCUGGAGGUGUCAGGCCACAGUGAAGUGGUAACAGGUGAUGUCAGAGACCAGGGCUCCGUGGCACAUUCCCUUCAUUGUAUGUAUGUUACAAGGGGUGGAAGAGCUCCUUCAGGUGGAAUCAGGCACGAAAAGUACUCUGGGAAUUCUGAUACUGCUUUGAUUCACAACUACCCUUCUCCAAAUGCUGACUUACUUUUUAAUCAAAAAAUUAGUGCCACUUGUUCAAGUAAGAAAAAUGCUGGCACAGCCUCAGAACCUCUGGUAGGAGCAUCUUCUGUACAAUUUCAUGAUUUCUUCUGGAAGAGUGAGGAAAGCUGCCCUCCUCCACUUUCUGAUGUGAGCGACGUGCAGACAUCCUUCCAAGAUGACAGUACAGAAUCGGUCACUGGGAGUGAAUGUGACACCGAAAUCCCUCUCAGCAAGAACUCUGCUUCUGCCAAGCCCUGCAGGCCUCGGAGCUACAGCCUCCGUGACUUACCCAUACACAACAAAUUCAGCAACUGGUGUGGUGUAAAGAGCAGCACUCCUCCUUUUCUCCUCGGCUUGAGCGGCAGCGUGACCGAUUUAAGGGGUCAGGCAGACAAGAAGCCUGGAAGCACACAAUCAACAGAAGUGGAAGGGAAUUACCAGUCUUGUGACAGCAGGAGCAGAGAGAUCAAGAGACUUCAGAGAGAGCGUGCCCAGAUCAUGUCCAGCAUUCACCUGGAUCUGCAUCAGCAUCCCCUCACAGUGGAACUGACUGAAGCAAAGCUCAAUUAUGGCAUUGGGGAAACAGAUGCCCUGCUGAAGGUCCUUCAGAGAGGAGCUGCAGAUGAGCCAGGGUCAAUUCCAGUGAAGCAGCAACUUUAUGAAAGACACAUGAGAACUAUUGAAACUCUGAGGAAGGAAAGAGUAAAAAGGCUCCAAAGAUACCAAAGAAGCCGAAGCCUGAGCCCCCUGAAGCAUUUGAGUCUGUCCCAGACUCUGGAUGCAAGUCAGAGGGAUCCAGAUCUCCCCAGCAGACGCCGAGAAUAUCUGCAACAGCUGAGAAGAGAUGUGGUGGAAAACACCAGAGUUCAAGAACCAAAAAGAAGAAGCAUUCAGCACCCUUCAGACAUUGAACUGCUGCUCCGAGACUAUCAGAGGGCACGAGAGGAAACCAAAACUGAAAUUGCAAGAGCUAGGGACAAACUGAGGGAAAGAGCAGAGCAAGAAAAAAGGCGGAUACGGGAACAAAUACUUUCUCAGUUACAGAAGGAAGAAGCGAGACUGAAGACUCUUGCAAGUACGAGCACUUUAUGUACAGACUCCAGCCUCAGCCUGUCCUCUGGCCCAACAUCUGGUUACAACAGCAGUAAUACUGCCACAUACACCGCAAGUCACUUCAGCAGCCAGGAAGGGCAGGUUUCUUCUGGAAAUACUUUGGUUACAAGGAAUACACGAGGUCGCUCAGCUGUUAGAAAUAGUCAGCUUUAUACAUUAGAACAAUUGCAUAAGGAUUCAACAUUUGAAGCCAGCAAAAUUCAGCCACCUCUUCCUUCAAGUGGCACCAGCUGUAGGUUCACUCAUGGAUUAACAAUUUCUGUCAACUCCUCUUCAACAAAAGGAUACCAAGAUUUAUCCAAACAUAUCUUGGCUAAUGCUACCACUGAAGUAAUGGCAGCAUGCUCUCAGAACCUGAGGAACCUCUACACGUGCCAAGCAGCAGCAGGGUGGAAAUACCAGUGUACAGAAAAAGAGGUGCAGGUGUACUACAAAGCCUUUCCUUCAGCAACAAGACAUGGAUUUCUGGGAGCAGGAGUGAUAGAAAGGCCUCUUCCCUUUGUGUGGGGACUGGUGAGAGAUCCUGUCAAGAGGCAUCUCUAUGACAGCUCUAUCAAUACAGCUCAAAUACACAAGAAGGUAACCAGCCACAUCCACCUGGUAUAUAUAGUGACUGAUACCUCCCUGUGUUACCUAAAGCAGCCCCGGGAUUUCUGCUGCAUUACUGCAGAAGCCAAAGAGGAGAACUUGUCUGUCCUGGCUUUUCAGUCUGUCUAUGAUGCAGCCAUGCCUCAGCCUUGUAAAGAAGCAGUGAGAGGGGAGAUUUUGCCAAGUGCUUGGAUACUGGAACCUGACAUAGUGAAUGGAAGAGAGAUCACCAGAGUUAUUUACAUGGCACAGGUGGACCUUGGUGCCCCGGCCAUCCCCGCCAGGCUCCUGAGCUCUGUGGCGAAGCGGCAGCCCCUGGUGAUCGCUCAGCUGGCUCACCUGCUCACUGCUUAGUGCUGCUGCACCGCGGGCACUGAAGAGCUCCUGACAGCUCACAGGGACACACGGGCGUCAGAAAGCGCCAUGGAAAAUGCUGCCUCCUGAGGCAGCCACCACCACGCCUCACUUCAGGAGCCUGGUUGCUACUGCUGGACUCUAUGGAAGUGCAGUUAGAGAAAAGGAUCAUUUGUUUUAGCCAACACCACUUAUAAGAAAUGCAGCAAGUUUAGUGGGGAACAUCUUCUCCUGGAAACAGCAGUGGAAAACCUCCAUGAAAGAGAAGAAAGGUAUACUGCUCUAUAAAGAGCAGAGGAAGAUACCUUGCCUUACAAUAGCCAGAAUCAUACAGCAUAUUACUUAACUCCUGUUUCCAAGCAGCUUCAGAGAUCAACUUCUUUAAGUAAGUUUAGCCUGGAAGCAGUAUCUGUAUGGCUUGAGACCUUUUACCAGCUCUUAAGCAGAGCUGCAAAGCUACUUUCUAAUGAUAAGUACCAAAUGCAGAAUUCCUGACUGUGUAGCUAAAUCAUUUAUCUUAGCUGGCUGCCUGCUCCCUUCCCUUUGAAGAGGGAAGUCAAAGCAGCGCAAUAUGCACUAGUCAUCCUACACCCUGGAUAGAUUUUUCAUGAAUUUUCUGACUGCUUGCAGCCAGUGUAAGGUGUUUCAGAUUGCCACUACACUAAGCAGCAUCAGUAGACACCAUCAUACCUCAGGACACAGUUUUACUGUACUGCAGAAUCAGGUGCUUUCAAACAAAGAAACCAAACCGUUCUACACAGUGACACUGUCACAGAUAGGUUAGUACUCAGUAAUCAGCUUGUUCCUAGAAUUUAAGUCCUGCAAGUAAGAGUAGCUCCAACACUUUUCCAUAAUGCCUUUUCCCAUCGGCCCUUCUACACUUGCACCCAAAUGCAUUAGGAUCUGAAAAUAUAGCCUGGUCAGUCUUACCACACUUUGUUCAUAAUGUGACCAGCUGUCUCACUGUAGCAAAUACAGACUCUUCCCAUUCAAUUACCUCAUGGGACUUCUGUGGCACUUAGUCCAACAAUGCUGCUGUCAGGCUUUACAUGUUUGUUCAACACAAUUCCCUAGCUGGUUCACAUGUUCCUAAAUUUAAGCAAAACCACAACCACCUCAAAUAUCCAAAUACCUUCAUUUAAUUCUUCAGCACAACAGUACAGAAUCACUUUAGAUAUAUCUAAGCAAUAAAAGCUGCUGUGUUAUGCUUUCAUUAGCUCAAAAAGCCCACAUUGUUCAAGAAGGUCUUGCACUUCGAAUUUGUCAAGUGAGAAAUGUGUACUCAAGCAUCCACCCCACUGCAGCCAGUGCCUGCUACUUUCACACCAUUACUUUCAAUAUAAGGUGAGUUUUCCCAGCACAUGGUGAAGUUAGCUGCACUUCCCACCUUUGAGUUCAAGAGCCAAGAUCUACUUUUACUCUAUUUUUGCACAGGUGUAAUUUUGGCUCUCAGCUUCUAUGUUACUUCCUGUUACUAAUAUAGUGAGUUUUAAAGGAAAAGACCAUAGCUAUUUUGAUUUGAUACUUAAAAAUAUAGCAGUUUUGAUACAUACCUGCCCAAGGCUUCCUUCUCUAACUAGAUCAGGGAGGCUGACAAAAGUUUUUACUUACAAAUUUGCUUUGUUUCAUCCUUGGCUAGUCAUGGCUACAAUCUUAACACCAACAUAUUAGUGUUCUCUUUUUGGUGAGGUGCAGCCUUUUGCUAAAAGCCUGAGUCACAGCAUGGUUCACUUUGAGCAUCACACAUCUUGCAGCCCCUCAAGGAAGAAUGGGUAAGCUGUCACAGUUUUCUGCAACUGAGCAAAAUGAGAUUUCCAGAUUUGUAAUGUGUCAAUGUCCUCCCUUCAGUGGAAACCCAGAAGGAAGAGCAGACAAGGCAGAACAGUAAAGCCCCAGGAAAAAUGAGCAGAACCAGCAGCAUGGGAUAUUGGCUGUCUCCCCAGUGCUGCUCCUGUAGCUUUCCAGAGGAGAUAGGGGAGGUCUUCAUACAACCCACAACAGAUUUGUUCAGCGCUUUGCUUUUUUUCCCUUUUAUUUUGGACAUGGCACUAGUGAUAAAGCAGGUUUUGUAGGAAAAACAUCUCGGGGGACUCCUGUUGAUCAAUGAUGCCAGUGCCUAUGAAGGAUAGUGUCUUAUUGUACAGUGCAUCAGAUGUUUAUUUUUAUAUAUACUUAAAAUUUUUUUUCUACGUUUACAGAUUAAGUUAUUUAUAUAUGCUUGGUUUGAAGCGUUUUUAUAUGCUAUCAAAGCUAAGUUUUAUUUUUAUCAGUAUUGUAACUUUUUUUUAAUACAGUCUUCAAUUGAUACUAAAAAGCCUAUUUAUAUGAAUGUUUUCUUUUGCAAAUACAACAUUUCUUGGUACUUGCUAAUGUAUGGCAUCGGUUUGUUUGGAAGAAAGAAACAAAGGCCCAGCAGAUAUCAAAUUUGUUUCUCUACAACAGGCAAAAACCAAUUUCCUGUAAGUUACUGCUGAGCAGCGGAUGAUCAAACCAAUUAUAUUGUAUCACCUACGGUUGCAUCUCUGCUCUUAAAUCAAGGUUGCUAUUUUCAUAUCCACAAUAAAUGGUAUUUUCUACACAA